CGAGACUUCCGGCGAGAGGACGCUCUAGAAGUCUCCAUGGCAACGGGAGACGCAGAGGUGAGGCCUGCUCUUCCAGGCUCCGUCCGUCCAGACCAGCUGUCUCGCUUCAGCAGCUGAAUCCCAGCCUCACCAUGGCUGCGUCGGCUUCUUUUCACCACACGGAUCUUCUUGUAAAUGUUGCCAAACCUGUGAGCAUCGUGGUGCUGGAGGCACGGGACUUGAAAGGCAUCAAAGGCGAUAGCCCCGUCACCUAUGUGCGCGUUGAGUACAAUGGCGUUGUCCUUGGCGACUCCUCAAAAAUGGAAGCAUCAUUAGAAGGAAAUGUGAAAUAUAACUAUAGGGCCAACUUUGACUGCCAUCCCGAUGGACCACACACCCUGGAUGACGUUGCACACAAACCCGUGCUCUUGACUGUGAUUGAAGUCUUACCAAAGGAGAAAAAGCAGAAAGAAGAGAAAACGGCGACUCUCGGUCAGGCUGUGCUGGACCUUUUGCCUCUCCUGGAAGGUUUGUGUUUUUUCAGUUCAACGCUUCAGGUGCACCCUCUGCCAGGCUCUCCCCUGGAAACCCUGAGACCAGAUGCCAAGUGUGCCAUUGACGUCUCGGUGUCCGUCCAGGAGAGCCUUCUCUCUCCAACGCAGCUGUUGGAGGGCAACCUUCUCAGAGUGACCGUGGAAGCGGCUUAUGCGGUCCCCGAAGCCUUUGUCCCCACGGGGCCUCCACAAAACUAUAUGGUUGGCUUCCAAGUGCCGGCUGUCGGUGAGAAAGAAUGCCCUUUCAUGUUCAAGAACGGGACCCUGAAGCUUGGGGGUGAGAGGGAGCCAGUUCCCCGGCCAAAGAAGUGGCCAGUGGUCAACAUCUUGGCCCCAGGAGGACAGAACAUCCCGGACUCCUUUAUCGUUGGCGGACCGUACGAGGAGGAGGACGGAGAGUUGACGACGGCUGAGGAAAGGGAAAUCAGGAUUCAGGGAGAAAUUAUUAAAAAACGGAUUGUGUGGGAUUUGGAACGGCGCUGCUACUUAGAUCCUGCAGCUGUGCUCUGCUUGCAAAAACGGAUUGCCGAUUCCCGGUACUGGCCGGUGGAGAUGACCAGAGUGCCGCUUGUCGCUUCCACUAAAGGAAAAACUGGGAAAGGAGACAAGGGAGGAGGAGGAGGAGUUGCUGGCACAGUGGAGGAGGAGGCCAUUUCUUUCCACGGCGUGGCUUUCGUCAACUUGGUGCCUUUGCUGUAUCCCGGGGUGAAGCGGAUUCGGGGAGCGUUCCGAGUCACAGCCUAUCACGACAGCGAAGUGUUUGAAAAGACCAAGGUUCUCUUCAGCCUUUUCCGCGACAUCGGCCCCCAGGGGACCAUUGCUAAAUUGGGAAUGAUGGGCUUGCUUGCUCCACAUACCAAAAAUUUGCCCGGGAAGAACACAAAGGAGGAUAAGCCUAAAGAAUCCAUUUUAAGAAAGCCGUCGAUGGUCGCAAGGAAGGAUACCUCGGACAUCACAAUAGAUGGAGCCCCGUCUGCUGUACAGAAUUUGGAAGGGCAGCAAUAUGUCGAAAGCGGGACAUUUCUGGUGAUAGAGUUUGCGUUGGACAAGCCGUUGGUGCCCAAGCGUUUGCCAGAGGAGCUGGCCAGCCGGGUGAGAGAGAUGAUUCCUCCGCGUCCCCAACUCCCUCGAAAGACUGCAGGAGCCAAGAAGGCAGUGGAGGAUUACCAUACCCAGAUCACCAGCAUUGCUGACUCUAUUCUGGACGAAUACCACGAGCUGUUUGGGAGAUCGUUGGCCGAAGGGCUGGUCGUUGACAGCCAGGUUUUGGAAGACCAGAAGUGCCAGCUUAACUACGAGCUCAACAGCUCUGGGAAAUACUUUGCUUUCAAGGAGCAACUCAAGCAUGCGGUUGUGAAAAUCGUGCGAGAGAAGUACUUGAAAACAAAUGCAUUCGACAGCCUGGACCAGCUCCAAGCUUUCCUGAGUGAAUUGUAUGUGUACCUAGUGGAUCAGAUGCACGUGGCUUUGAAUCAGAUGCUGUCCCAUCAGAGCCAAAGCCCUCCUCCUCCCGUCUUCACCACCUCCGAUCAGCUCCGGCUCUUUGCCCGCGAAGCCCAAAUGAAUGGAGACUUUGCCUUGGCAUCAAUUUACUACCAGGAGAGACUGGCCCGUGACCGUCAAGAUAUUGGAAGCUGGCUGGAUUACGGUUCUUUCUGCCUGUUGACCGAAGACAUACUCAAGGCCCAGGAAUGCUUCUACGAAGCCCUUGCGCUGGAUGCCAAUCACCUACCCAGCUUGCUGCUGUGCGGCAUCGUGGCCGUGAUGCUUGAGAAGGAUGAAGAUGCCGAGGUCUACUUUGAAGACGCCACUUGCAUUGAGCCCUCCAGCAUUCUGGCCUGGACGAUCUUAGGGCUGUUCUAUGACAUGCAGGGGAACACCAUCCGGGUGGAGAUGGCCUUCCAUGAGGCUUCCAAACUGCAGAAAGCCCACUUGGCCAAGGAGAGGCCGCCCCCCGAAAGUGUCGAUGGUGGAGGACGGAAGCCCCCUGCGUCGAGACUGGGGUCUAUGAUACCAACCGGAGAGGAACUGGUUUCUGAAGAAACUCUAGAGACCUCCAUAAAAACCCAGGUUGAUUUGUUGGAGCCCACCUUGACCCUUUCUCUCCCAGAAGAGGAACAAGUGCCGGUCCCGAUGCCAAAGUCGUCAAAAAGGCUGUCAGUCAUCCCUAGUAAACUCAAGAUGGGCAUUCCGAAAGAAGGAGCCAAAUCUGUUGUGGUGACGUUUGGAGCAGAAGUGGCACCAGUGGUUCCUUUGGUGCCCACCAUCACGAUCUUCAUGGAGGCAGCCGUCUUUUUGCUGGAGGCCAAUGCCCUCCAGUUUGUCCACAGGGCUUUGGCUCACGAACUGCUCUGCCCGCACGGAGGCCCCAGCUGCGACUACUACCUGGUGCUGGCCCAGACGUACCUGCACAAGGCGGAGUACGGCAAGAUGGAGGAGUGCCUCGAAUUGGCCCUCCAGAUCGAUUACCUGAAUCCAAAUAUUUGGGCCCAGAAAGGGCACCUCUCUUUCCUGACGGGGAAUACCAGUGAAGCAAAGGACUGCUAUGAGCGAACCAUCAGUUUUGUGACAGAUGCCAAAGAUAUGCAUUUUGUAUACCUGAGACUAGGUUCUAUCUAUCUGGAAGAGAAGGAGUAUGACAAGGCAAAGAACAUCUACCUGGUGGCCAGCAAGAAAUCGCCGUCCUGUCUUACGUGGCUGGGAGUGGGCAUUGCCUGCUAUCGGCUCAAAGAGUUUGUGGAGGCAGAAGAUGCCCUCUCUGAAGCCAAUGCCCUCAACAACAACAAUGCUGAAGUGUGGGCAUAUCUGGCUCUGGUCUGCAUGCAGGGUGGAAGGCAGCUGGAGGCGGAACAAUCUUAUAAAUAUGCUGUCAAGCUGGAACUGGCCAAUGAGUUGUUGCUCCAGGAGAUCAAAAUGGUGCAGCAGGAGGUGGGCUUCGGUGAUCCCUCCUUCUGAACAACCCACUUGCCCAUCGCCAUGCCUUGAAUUAUUCAUCCAGUCCAUUAUUAUAUAUGCAAGACAAGGCUUCCAGAUGGCAGAUUUCUCAGCAACUUUGAUGGAGAAUAUCUCAGAAGAAACGUUUUCUUCCUCGGGGCAACCGAAGGCUCGUAACAAAGAUCUAGCGGCGAUUCCUUGUUCUCUAAUAGAAGCGACAACUGGAGAACAAGGCCAAGAAGCUCCAUUCUAGGAAUUAGGGGCCUCUAAAUGAUGUUCAUGAGAUCCAUAUCCACCAAUUUGGGAAGUGGAGUGAUUUAUGGUAGUGUCCAUUUAGUAGAAGGUAGAAUACAUUGGUGGCCCUCCAUGGUUAAGUGUCAUUCUCCGUUCUUCGCGGCUCAUCGAUGAAGCAGCAAGAGCAACACUGUAUUGUUUAAAGACAACAACCUCGACGUCUUUCCAAAGCCGAAAUUAGUUUUGAAUUAAAACAAACAAUAUUGAUUUAUAAAA